CACACACACACACAGAGAGAGCGCAACACGUGGACAGCAGCAUUGAGAGAUUUUUCAGAUGAUCCACAGUUGCUCCACAGAGCCACAGUUGUGGGAAUGGAAGCAGUGAAAGCCGACUAGAAACACAUUUACACACGUCUAUGACUUUCGGUCAGUGUCGCUCGGUCAGUUUUCACGUUGACAGAUGAGCUGGGGCGUAGCCGGUUUGGUCUGAAGCAGAUAUGACUCUGCAGGACUGCGCAGGAGCCAGAAUCUCUGGCUGUUGGUCCCUGAGGUCUGACCGCAGUGGGAGCGGGGAGGACUCGUUGGACCGGCUCCUGCCCCCCACGGGGGCCCCUCGCAGGAAGAGCACCUCACUGAAUACAACUGAGCCUCCUCUGCUCCGCACAGGCACGCGCACCGUCUACACCGCCGGGCGACCUCCCUGGUAUGACGAGCACGGAGCGCAGUCAAAAGAGGCCUUUGUCAUCGGGCUGUGUGGGGGCAGCGCCUCAGGGAAGACCACCGUGGCCAAUAAGAUCAUUGAGGCUCUGGAUGUGCCGUGGGUUGUGCUGUUGUCUAUGGAUUCUUUCUACAAGGUUUUAUCCUCAGAGGAGCAGACUCUGGCAGCAAGUAACGACUACAACUUUGAUCAUCCGGGGGCAUUUGACUUUGAGCUGCUGGUUGCCACCCUGCGAAAGCUGAAGCAGGGCAGGAGUGUGAAGAUCCCGGUGUAUGAUUUCACUACACACGGAAGACAGAAAGACUGGAAAAAUGUGUACGGUGCCAGUGUAAUCAUAUUUGAAGGAAUUAUGUCUUUUGCAGACAAAGAGCUUCUUCAGCUCCUGGAUAUGAAAAUCUUUGUGGACACAGACUCAGACAUUCGGCUGGUGCGCCGGCUGCGCAGGGACAUCACAGAACGCGGACGGGACAUUGAAGGCGUCAUCAAGCAAUACAACAAGUUUGUGAAACCGGCCUUUGAGCAGUACAUUGAGCCAACCAUGAGGCUGGCUGACAUUGUUGUGCCGAGAGGUGGUGGGAAUAUGGUGGCCAUUGAUCUGAUAGUCCAGCAUGUUCACAGCCAGCUGGAGGAACAGCGUGAGCUCACUGUCAGGGCGCUCCUCGCCUCCGCUCAGCAGACGCAGCCGCUGCCCCAGACGCUCAGCGUGUUGGAGAGCACGCCGCAGGUCAAAGGCCUGCACACCAUCAUCAGGAAUAAAGAAACCAGUCGAGAUGAGUUUAUCUUCUACUCAAAGAGAUUAAUGCGUCUUCUCAUAGAACAUGCACUGACGUUUCUACCAUCUCAGCCGUCUGUAGUCCAGACUCCACAGGGCUAUGAGUACGAGGGCCGCAGUUACAACGGGAAAGGGAUCACCGGUGUGUCGGUCCUGCGGGCGGGAGAGACCAUGGAGCCCGCCCUGAGGGCCGUGUGCAAGGACGUCCGCAUCGGCAAGAUCCUCAUCCAGACCAACAUUGACUCAGGCGAACCAGAGCUGCAUUACCUGCGUCUGCCCAAAGACAUCAGCGAAGAUCAUGUCAUCCUAAUGGACAGCACGGUCUCCACCGGAGCUGCUGCCAUGAUGGCAGUACGAGUCCUAUUGGAUCACGAGGUGCAGGAGGAAAAUAUUGCCUUGGUGUCGCUGUUGAUGGCGGAGCUCGGGGUUCACUCUGUGGCCUACGCCUUCCCGAAGGUCAAAAUCAUCACCACCGCUGUGGACAAGAGUCUGGACGACUUGUUACAUGUAAUUCCCGGUAUCGGGGACUUUGGGGACCGGUACUUCGGGACAGACGGGUCCGACAGCUGGAGUGAUGAGGACCACGAGCAGCCGUCAUGCUGACACACACACAUCUGUGAGCCACUGUGAAAGAAAAUACAAACACUACUUGAAAACACCCGUUAUUGUGCAUCCUCCACUCCAGACAGAGACCAGCAAAAAAAAAAAAAAGAAAAUUGUUAUAUUCAAUUUUUGCGUACAUGGACUUUUGUACUCUUAUACAACAGAUGAGUCCUGGUCGAGUUGUAUGCAGGAGGGAUAUUUUGUUGUAUUUACAACUGAGUGUUCAUAAUUUUCAUACAGAAGGGUCACAGAGGUGAAACAAUGCCAUUGCCUUUGAGGUACAAUAAUGCAAUAACAAUAUUAUUAUAUACUACAUGUUUUUAUCCGGGAUUGCACCAACUGUUCGUAAAUGGGAUUAUUAGUCAUUACUCGAUAUUUUCAAACACCCAGUUAAUUGGGUUGCACCGUUAAAAUUCAACUAUGUGUAAAUUGGUUGCGAGCAAACAUGUAAAACAGUCUUACCGCGAUCAACUGUGAAAACACGGAAUCCCCCAACUGACAUUAUUAGCGGUAUACUGUGUUAUUUUUGUGAAAUGUUAUUUAAAAGCUUUAGUUUACAUCAUCGAGUGUCAAGUCAGAUGUGUCGACCAAAACCCAUUAACUCUUUUACUUUUCACCUAAAUAGCUCAUAUUCGCAAGUUAGUUUUGUCAGUUGGUUCAGUUAGCUAUGCUACAGUUUCACCUAGCAGUUAGUGGGUGUCAAUAUGCAGUUACUAAUCUCUACGUAAAUACUGUGGUUCAACCCUUUUAAUUUAAUGAUUCAUACAUUUACACUUAGUAAAACACAUAAUGGACCCUAUUUUAACGAUCUAAGCGCACGGCUUGAAGUGCAUGGCACAGGUGCGUUUAGGGCGUGUCCAAAUCCACUUUUGUUAGUUUGACGGCGGAAAAAA